AUGAUUCAUGAUAUAUUAUUUUCAGAAAUAAGUAACUUGCGAAACAAACGCGUUGUGCCGUUGCAUAACAAUAACAAAUUAGGAAAAAUUAGAAGCUAGGUAGCAAGGCGGGAAUCAAUUGAGUGCGUAAAACCCUAGGAAUACACACUAGUUGCUUUAGUUCCCCAUUGAAGCUGAGACUCGAGAGAGAGACAGGGCAGCAAUUGAAGAAGAAGAAUGCCGUCGUUCCCUCAUCCAGAAUCAGUCACCAUCUGUGAAAUCAACCGAGACCUCAUUACUGCCGACAGUCUCUCCGAUGAUCAAGCCAAAGAGGCUUAUGGCAAAUCACUUGGGAUUACAUUUACACCCAUUCCGUUUCAAUCUGAUUAUCUAGUAAACACCGAUGAUGAUACCGGGGUCCAGACCAAAACUGUAUUGCAAUCAAUCCUCAGUGGUUCCUUGGAAAGCCUUCUUCGCCCCAACACUGUGAAACUGUUACCAGAAGUUGAUUUUCAUGGAAUUAGUUGGCAUCAGCAUAAACGUAUCAUAGCAUUCACUUCUGGCCCAAAUCAGGUGACUGUAUGUGAUUACGAUGAUUCAGGAAAGGAGACAUGCAUUUUGAUAAGUGAGUCUCAGAGAAGUGUUAAAGCUUUGGAGUGGAGGCCAAAUGGCGGCAGGACACUUUCUGUAGCAUGCAAAGGUGGAAUUUGCAUCUGGUCUGCUUCUUUUCCUGGCAAUGCAGCGCCUGUGAGAUCUGGAGUUACUGCAGGAACCAUUUCUGGAAGUUCUGGAAUUCGGUGGACACUAGUGGAUAUUCUCCGAGGACAUGCUGAUGAGCAAGUUACUGCGCUGUCAUGGAGUCCAGAUGGAAGAUAUUUGGCAUCUGCAUCAUACGAGAGCUCGUCUUUCACAAUCUGGGAUGUUGCACAAGGGCUAGGUACUCCAAUUCGACGGGGCUUAGGGGGGAUAUCAAUUCUUAAGUGGUCUCCUACUGGAGAUUACUUUUUUGCUGCAAAACUUGAUGGGACAUUUUACCUUUGGGAGACGAGCACAUGGGCGUCAGAACUAUGGUCUUCAACUAGUGGUCUUGUCACGGGUGCAUCAUGGGAUCCUGAUGGGCAUAUGGUACUCAUCGCUUUCUCAGAAUCUUCAACAUUAGGUUCUAUCCACUUCGCAUCAAAACCACCAUCACUGGAUGCACAUUUGUUGCCGAUUGAAUUGCAAGAGAUCCAGUCCUUGACCCUCAGCCGAGGUGUUGAGAAAAUAGCAUGGGACGCUUCUGGAGAGCGGUUGGCUCUAACAUAUAAAGUUGGGGAGAAGCUUUACGAGGGUCUUAUUGCCAUAUAUGAUGUGAGGAGGACUCCCCUAAUAUCGGCGUCACUAGUUGGGUUCAUUAGAGGUCCGGGUGAAAAUGUGAAGCCAGUUGCACUUUCUUUUCAUGACAAAUUCAAACAGGGAGCACUACUGUCUGUGUGUUGGAGCAGUGGUUACUGCUGCACCUACCCCCUUAUAUUUCAUUAACAGUUUCCUCAAUCCAGUGAUUAAAGUUGAAGAUUCUAAUCACCGGUUCUGCGGUUAUUAUAGAAGACACAGUAUGGUUAACCAACUAAAGCCACAAGAAGAAUGGCCUCUAGCAAGGCUGGAAUUGCAGCUAAAACAUUCCGAUGUUGAAUUCAAUUAUUUUUUUUUAAUUAUUUGAAUUCAAGUUUGAAGCCUAAGGAAUGGAUUUUAAAUUUUCAUGUCAAUAGAAACUUGUAAAAAGAAGCCAAUUGUGCAGUUUGAUUGAAGAUUAUGAGUAAGGAUUCAGAUAAUUUACUCUAGUGGAAGAUGGAGUUAUGUUGGCAUAUGUCAACUUGCUUGCCUUGUUAGGUGUGUGAUAUACAUGCUAGUUUAUGAUU